GCCACGAACGAUCGACACAGAGUCCGGGGAGCUAUGAUGAUUACAGGGCGGCGCAUACACACAACAUCUUUGAUAUCUCUGCCCCUACCACUCAUCACCAACAGCAACAGCAUCAUCCUUCUCACUCCCAUCACUCGUCCCAUCAUCCUCAUCAUGCCCAUUCUCAGUCUUAUGGCUCCAGCUCCAGCUUUGGCGUCGGCCCCGGUGGAAGUGCGACCAGUCCCUUGCACGACUUUAGCUCACAUUCGCAUUUCAACUCCACCGUACCGGCUAUCGGCAGUAGCAUGCGCUACGAGCCUCCUCCUCAAUCUCCCUUCAACCUCAACCCAAACGCUCCCACCACUGCAGGCGGCGAACCAUCAAGCGUCUCCUCGUUUUCGUCUCACAUCAGCACCCUCUCCUCUUUCAGCGGUCUCUCCAACACCACAACCACAACCACCCCAUCAUCAGAAUACCAUCCCCAUCAAUACUCUCACUCGCAUCAACAACCACAACGUCAGACCCCCAGUCCGAUCUCCACUGAACUCUCGAGAAGUCGCUCGAGAAGUCGGUCUCAGGUGGGCGUUAAUGGUGUAAAUGGGGUUAAUGGAGAACCGCCUAGUACGAAUGGUGGACCCGCGAGGAGGA